CCUAUACUCUUAUUCCACGCAGACCCAUAAGAACGCAUCGCAAAAAAUAGUGAUCUGCAAUAGAUAUGUCUCCCUUUUCUCUCCUUCAGCUGUGGAUGGUGUCUUAGUAAAACGCGUAGUCAUUUGGUGUUUUAUCGAAAGGGGCACUGCAUCCUAUGGGCUCAGCCAGUCCAGCAAACGGCGCAGUGUGUCUUUAAAAGGCUGAUCUGCGAGCGCCGGGGCUUCCUCUCUGGAUUGCAGUGCCAAGGAGCCAAGCAGGCGAUCAGCUGGCGACGCCUCGCACCAUGGACCAGGUCCGCAGUCCGUGCAAACGGACCCCCGCUUUUCAAAUGAAGACUUUUCCUCUCGUUCUGCUUUACUUGCUGUCUCAGGCUUGCGAGAUGAGUGCCGAGGACAGCGCUAUGGAGGAACUUGCCACUGAGAAGGAAGCUGAGGAAAGUCACAGGCAGGACAGCGUGAAUCUCCUGACGUUCAUCUUACUGCUGACAUUAACCAUUCUGACUAUCUGGCUCUUCAAGCACAGACGAGUGCGUUUUCUGCAUGAGACCGGCUUGGCCAUGAUCUACGGCCUCCUGGUGGGGGUGAUACUGCGCUAUGGCAUCCCCUCCACCAGCUACCACAACAAGACCCCCCCCAGCUGCUCCCUAAAGACGGGGCCCAUCAGCACGCUGCUGCUCAACGUCAGCGGCAAAUUCUUUGAGUACACGCUGAAGGGCGAGAUCAACUCCCGCGAGAUCCACAAUGUGGAGCAGAACGACAUGCUGCGCAAGGUAACCUUUGAUCCGGAGGUAUUCUUUAACAUCCUGUUACCCCCCAUAAUCUUCCACGCCGGAUACAGCCUUAAAAAGAGGCAUUUCUUCCGGAAUUUGGGCUCCAUCAUAACGUACGCCUUCCUAGGAACGGCGAUUUCCUGCUUUGUCAUUGGGAACCUCAUGUAUGGCGUGGUAAAGCUGAUGCAGGUGGUGGGUCAGCUCACUGACAAGUUUUACUACACCGACUGUCUCUUCUUUGGGGCCGUCAUCUCCGCCACUGACCCAGUGACCGUGCUGGCUAUCUUUAACGAGCUCCAUGCGGACGUCGACCUCUACGCCCUGCUGUUUGGGGAGAGCGUAAUGAACGAUGCUGUGGCCAUCGUCCUCUCGUCGUCUAUCGUGGCCUACCAGCCCAUCGGACCCAACUCGCACACAUUCGACGCCUCUGCUUUCUUCAAGUCCGUGGGGGUUUUCCUGGGAAUCUUCAGCGGUUCCUUUGCUAUGGGGGCUGUCACUGGGGUGGUCACCGCGCUCGUCACCAAGUUCACCAAGCUGCACUGCUUCCCUUUGCUGGAAACGGCCCUCUUCUUCCUCAUGUCCUGGAGCACAUUCCUAUUAGCUGAGGCUUGCGGUUUCACCGGUGUGGUGGCGGUGUUGUUCUGUGGUAUCACACAGGCACAUUACACCUACAACAACCUCUCAGAGGAGUCCACCAAGCGAACCAAGCAGCUGUUUGAGGUUCUGCACUUCUUGGCAGAGAACUUCAUCUUCUCCUACAUGGGCCUAGCUCUCUUCACCUUCCAGAACCACAUCUUCAGCCCCAUCUUCAUCGUCGGGGCGUUUGUUGCCAUCUUCUUAGGGAGAGCUUGCCACAUCUACCCGCUGUCCUUCUUCCUCAACCUUGGCCGCAGGCACAAGAUCAGCGGAAACUUCCAGCACAUGAUGAUGUUUGCAGGUCUGCGAGGCGCCAUGGCCUUCGCCCUGGCCAUCCGCGACACGGCCACCUACGCCCGCCAGAUGAUGUUCACCACCACGCUGCUCAUAGUCUUCUUCACCGUCUGGGUCUUUGGCGGCGGCACCACGCCCAUGCUGUCCUGGCUUCACAUCAGAGUCGGUGGGAGAGCGGAGUCGGAUGAGGAGCUGCUCAGUGUGCCGUGGCAGUAUGUCAGGGUUGGUGUGGAUCCGGAUCAGGACCUCCAGCCUUGUGGAGAACACCCUUGUGGAGAACACUUCCAGGUCCUCCAAGGUGAUGGCGCCCAGUCAGAAGGAGGCAGCAAGACCAAACAGGAGAGCGCCUGGCUGUUCCGCCUCUGGUAUACCUUUGACCACAACUACCUGAAGCCCAUCCUGACACACAGCGGCCCCCCCCUGACCACCACGCUGCCAGCAUGCUGUGGACCUGUAGCACGAUGCCUCACCAGCCCGCAGGCCUACGAGAACCACGAGCAGCUGAGGGACACGGAUUCGGACCUCAUCCUGAAUGACGCUGACCUGACGCUCACCUAUGGGGACACGGCCAUCACAGCCAAUGGGGCAUCAGGAGGUCAUGCGGGCGGCGGCUCCACCGAAUGGGGCGGAGUCAAUGGCAAGCAGGGCGGGGCCACAUCAGAGGCAGCGGCCAUGGAGCGGGAACUGGAGGCCCGGGACCAGGAGCUGAUCACCCGAGGGACACGCCUGGUGUUCCCCAUCGAGGACCAUGCCUGAACACCCACCGCCCCUCUGACUCCACCGGCUCCCCCUCCCCCGAUCCUGUCCUGCCCCUCAUGUGUUAUCCCCCCCCAUCGCUGACCCAGUACAGAAGAGGCCAAUCCGUGGAGUAAGAAGGGACCGGGGUGACAGCAGAGGGAGCUGACUUGGAUUUGCCCCCUUGGGGGGCUUCUUGCCCCCCGGCCUGUUUGUCGGAGUCAGGCUCCUGACUUUGGAGUGCGGAGAACCACUAUGGUGGAGGCUGAGGUGCCCGGAUUGGGUGGGCCGCUCCCACACACUCGCUCCUUAGCCACUUUGUUUAGAGAGGAGAUGGUUUCCUGGUGACCAUCGCAGGGAUGUUUCUGGAAGGUGGUGGGGGGGGGGGGGGGGGGGAGGUCACUAUCCCCCCUGCCCCCACCACCACUGUGUCUGUGUGCCUGAGCCUGGUGGCUGAGAUGUGGAAUUGGAGAGAAUAGCCUCUACUGGAGGAAACCUGUGUGUGUGUGUGUGUGUGUGUGUGUGUGUGUGUGUGUGUGUGUGUGUGUGUGUGUGUGUGUGUGUGUGUGUGUGUGUGUGUGUGUGUGUGUGUGUGUGUGUGUGUGUCUCUUCGUCGUGCUUCAGUUGCCUGAUGCUCUUCUCAAACCACUUCAAGCCUGACGCAGCACGUUAGCGAACGUACGGUGAGGCUAAUUCAUGCCCUGUCCCUGAUAGCCUAGACAGAAACAUGAGAUUAUUAUUUUUUUUAUAUUAACUUUUUUGACACAUUGUGUGUCUCUGCUUGUGUUAUCUUUCCAAACCUGGUCCGCUUUGGUUCUGUGUCGUCUUAGUCUUGGCCUUUCAUAGGAUCUCAUGCUGUGCUGUGUUCUUAUUGGUCGUUGAGUGUUGGAGCCCCGCCCUCCAUCUCUGCUUUGCAUCUUCACAUUAACAGAGCGGACCAACAGUGCUGAGGGCCGACUGACUGCCACUCGGUCAGCCUGUCGCUUCUCUACGAGGCUGCUGCUGUUUGCGGAAGUGAGCUUCUUGGCCCUCUAUGACCCCUGAAGCCUGUACUCUUUGUUCCUCUUCCCUGAUCCCUGUCCUAUGACGUUGGUGUGGGCUGAGCCCCCCUAACGUCCACCCUAGUACUUGCGACCGUGCGUGGUAGUUGGUGCAGCAUGGAGUCUCCUCAGCUUGAUCGGCUUUGAUCUCCACGAUCCCCUGUGAAGCUUGACUCCAUAUAUGCUGCCCCCCCCCCCCCCCCCCCGCGAUAAGUAAGGUAGCCCCCAGGUCGCCCUGCGCCAAUGUCUGAAGCACUUUAGCUGCAGCUAAGCUGUGGUCUCUCGCCUAGAUGCACGUCUGCAUGCGAUCGGGCCCUCGCCCCGUCGCCCUCGCUGGGGAUAGGCUGUGGCGUUACCCCUGCGUGACCCACACCCCCCUCAUGCAUGUCCUGCGCUCUGUAGAAUGUCGCCAAGCUCUGCGGGGGGGUCCUGGCAUUGGAAUGACGCGUUUCACUGGGCAUCUCCCUCCCCCCACCCCCCAAUUUCAUUUGUAUGAACCAUGGUGCGGCUGCAUACCUUACGGCUCAGGCCGCCCCUCCCCCACUGCAUGCUGCUGUGCAGGGUGGUACACUUCACAGGAAAACGAGGCCCCAUGAGGAGGGUGUGUGUGGUCCUGCCAACGGAGGGUCUCAUCUACACACAUAAGCUGCUGGAACUCGAAAGGAAAGGCCACAUACUGUGUCUGAUCUGAAUGAUUAAAGUUAACCAUUUUCAGGGGAUGAACCUGGAGUAGUGGUCAGUUACCUAGCUGCAGCUGAAUAUACCCUUUCUGAAUAUACCCUUUCAUAAUUAACUGUAACUGGUUUUCUUUUUGACUUCACAUGGGCGUGGCCUGUGACUGGAGAACUGGCUCGCUGCACGGGGAGGGUGUCUUUGCGGACUGCUGGAUCCUGCUCACUCCCCCCCCGUUGAGGCCCCCUGCCCCCCCCCCCC